UGCGAGCAGCUCGGUAUAACAUUUCCAUCAUUUUCACGCAAUUUAAUUUCUAAGUGACCUGUUGCUUUUGUCAUUUUCUAUUUAACAAAGUAGAAAUUUUAAGAGUUAAGUAUUUAAACUGAAUGAUAAACCGACAAUGUAGAAAACUGCAUCUAACAUAAUCAUGAGCUGUUCUCAUUUUAUCUAAUAAAUGUAUUGGCUUUGUGCGAACAAUUUAUUCAAUCGGUAAUAAAGUUUGUAGCUCUUCAACUAGCAACAAGCUUCAGAUUACAUGCAAUGGCCCGGAUCUCCAUAUUGAUCCCAGAAAACUUAAGAGAAAUGUAAAGUAGAUGCCUAAUUGCUGUAAGAGCUUUACAUAAUAAUUUUACUUUGCGUUUUGUGCUAAAAUAAAAACGUACCGGCGAAGCUGAAUCAAUCAGUAUAAUAGGAAGAAAGACUGAUGCGAUAGUAAGAAACGAUGGAACGAAAACAAUUCGUUUUUACCUCAUUCAAGUAUCUAUUUGAUAAAUCGAAUUAUGUUUUCAUAACAAUAAGGCCUGGACGUAAUGGCAAAAUAAUAUUAUCGUUUAUACGACUCGAAUUUUCAGAUACUGAUAUUUUCCUGGAAAUAAUUUUGAUGAGUUUCAAUCAUUUUAUUUUUGAGCUAUUUCCGACGUCGCUGUUACGCAUUUGAUGUUGUUUGACUUUCGCAUUAUAACGUAAAAUUUAACAGUGUUUCUUACUCGUGCGGCUUGUAAAUAUUACACCUGGAAAAGUUACAAUUUAUGUCUUUUACGUGUAAUGAAGCUUGCUGCUAACAUAGCUGAAAAGUUAAAUGUGUUUUACAAGACGUAAUUAAUGCGUCCUGAAACCUACACUCCCCAGUGGCCAUCAAUCGAACAUGGAAGAAGCUGUUUGCUUGGACUAAUCAAAUUUAUGAUUUAACAAAGGGAGUGACUCCGGAGAGAACAUCAGUGAAUUUAAAUUGAGUCUGAAGAUAAUCAACAAUGCCAAUUAAAGGACUAAUUGAAUUAAUUUUGCUGAGUGGUAGUUGAAAAUGCAAUUUUUCACUUCUAAUCGAAUUUAUCAUUUUCGAAAUUAGUUUCUUAAGUAUCAUUAUGAAACUUUGUUGUGAAAAUUAUAAGAAAAUGGCAAUUUGUGUUUGAAGAGAUUAAAAUGGGCGAGAUGGCGUCGAACUCGACGCUGAUUUUUCCGAAUCAGACUUACACGAACGAAACUGUACCAAAUGUUACUUCAGUGGACAAAAUCCAGUACAUUAACAUCACGAUGGAAAUGCCUAUAGCCUACGCCGUGCCCUUAUAUGGCUACGUUAUGCCGUUCUUAUUGAUAAUAACCAUUAUCGCGAAUACUUUAAUCGUCGUUGUACUAAGCAAAAGGCAGAUGAGGACUCCUACAAACGUCGUUUUGAUGGCGAUGGCUCUUUGUGAUAUGUUCACGGUUUUAAUACCGGCUCCUUGGCUUAUCUACAUGUACUCCUUUGGGAACCACUACAAGCCCCUUUGGCCUAUAAGUCUUUGUUAUGCCUGGUUUGUUAUGCACGAGGUAAUUCCCAACAUGUUCCACACGGCGAGCAUAUGGCUAACACUGGCCCUCGCCGUACAGAGGUACAUUUUCGUAUGUCAUGCGCCUCUUGCACGAAAAUUGUGCACCAUGUCUAACGUCUACAAGUGUCUUAUCUAUAUUCUAGUCAUAGCAGCUCUUCAUCAGGGUUUCCGAUUUUUUGACUCAGAAUAUAGCACGGUGGACGUGCUAUGGAAUAACCACACAACACACGUGUGCAAACGGGAACAUGCACACUGGGUGAAGGAAUACGUGACCGAGGAUUUCUACUUUGUAACGUAUUUCAUGUUCAGGGUAUUAUUUGUGCAUCUAAUUCCUUGUGUAGCUCUCGUAAUUUUGAAUAUCCUAUUGUUUCGAGCAUUGAAACAAGCGCAACAGAGAAGAGAGCAACUGCUUUCCAAGAAGAAUCAAAAGAAUGAAUGCAAGAAGUUAAGAGACUCUAAUUGCACCACUCUGAUGCUGAUAGUCGUAGUAACGGUGUUUCUUAUUGUAGAGAUUCCUUUAGUGGUAGUUACUUUGUUGCAUAUUAUAUCCAGUACGUUUAUUGAGUUUCUGGACUAUUAUGUAGCAAAUACGUUAAUUCUGUUUACAAAUUUUUUUAUAAUCCUAAGUUAUCCGAUAAAUUUUGCUAUUUAUUGUGGUAUGUCGCGACAAUUUAGGGAGACUUUUAAGGAAUUGUUUAUAAGAGGUGCCGUUACGACCAGAAACGGAUCUUCUAGGUAUUCGUUGGUCAAUGGGCCACGAACUUGUACCAAUGAAACUGUUUUGUAAUUUUUAGGAAAAACUCAAUGUUGAAAAAACAUUACGCUUAUCGAAACUCAUAAAAUUUUGUUUUUAAUUUGUAAGAAGACUAAAUACUUUGUAACAAUUCGUAUGCUUGUGUGUUGUAAAACGAUACAUUUGUUUAUGGGGUUGUAAAAUUUAUGUGUUAAAGCCAGACUUGAAAGACCUAGUUAUUAUAUCAUUUGUACAUAAUUUAAUGUUGCGUGUGUCUACUCGAUACUUCUAGGUUAGUUUCAACAAUUUUCUUUCUUGUUUUUACAUUUGCCUCUACCAUUUGUCAAUAACUUUCAACAUAAAGAGCCCUAACUUGAAAGUAGUUGACAAUUAAAUAAGAUUUGUAUUGUUUUUAACACUAUAAUCAAAAUAAAAUUGUAGUGUUGAAAUGUAAUUGAAUGUAGACCUGUAACUUUACAUCAGAGUUACACUUGAACUGAAAAAUGUAUCAUGAAUGUUCAAUAUAAUCCUUUAGAAUAAAUACAAAACAUAUUGAAUGUUUAUAUCCAGAAAUGUUGCCUUCCCUAACGUAUGUUAAAUAAAUGUAUCUAUAUCUAAAA